AGAAUUAAGUGACAGUUAAACCAAGUCGUCAACAAAAUAUGAUUAUUUAUUCUACUAUAAACGAGUAUACAAAUUCGGCGAUUUAUAAACUAAAUAUAAUAAUUAUAUAGUACGAAUCAUUAUGAUGAUGAUGUUGGAUUAUGAACGUUUAAAACUGACACAUACAGGACAUACAAGACUAAAAGAAAUAUUGCCAUAUUCUCGUAUAGUCAAUAAUCAAAGUAAGACAUCCGAACGAAUGGCUAAAAGAGGUGCGUUAGCAGUUCUUCAAGAAGAAAUCAAUAAUAAUGAUGAUUGGGCAAGAGUUAUGGGAAAACCGGGAAUGUUAGUUAUUGACGUCUAUGCAGAAUGGUGCGGCCCUUGUGUAGCAAUGAUUUCAUAUUUAAGAAAAAUCAAAUUGGAAUCAGGAAACGAAAAUCUAAAUUAUGCCAUAGCAAAAUCUGAUGACAUAAAUGUGUUAAAAAGGUUUCGACAGAAAAGUGAACCCCAUUGGAUGUUUUUUUUUGACGGGAAAUUGGUUAAUGUUUUUAUCGGUAUUGAUGCUCCCAGAUUAAUACGAUUAAUAUUGGAAGAGUUGGAACAGUAUACUAAAUACAAGAAUGGAGAAAUUCAAAAAGAGUUUAUACCAAUGAGUAGAGUAACUGAUGAGGAACAAAAAAAAUUAAUUGAAAUUGAAAACUACCGAAAACAGAAAACAAGGAAAGAAAAAAAACUUAGAGAUAAAAGAAUGAUGAAAGUGAGAGAACGAUCUUUGAAUGAAUUUUCGUAUAAAAUCCAAAUGCAAACGUGCGUCAUGUUUUUCCCUCACACAGUUCAAUACAUUAUGGUAGAAAAACCAUUGGAAGAUGACGCUGAAGAACACGAUGAACCCCCUGAACCUGUGAUGAUAAAAAAAAGGGUUUGUGAAGUGGCCAAUUCGUGUGCUAGUAAGUAUGAGGAACUUAUCGUUAUUGAAGCAAAAGAAGUGAAAUUGACAGAAGAUAGUUUGUACGAGUUGUUUUUUACGGAAAAAGAGUUUUUGGAAAGUUUUCCGCUAGAAUUGAUCGAUGAACUUUUAAGUAAAAAUGUGUAUUCUGUAAUGUUGUCAAUGCCUACUGUCAAACACGAUACUGCUACCGAAGAAGCGGCUACCGAUAACGAAAAACCUGUACCCAUCGACAUAAUGGGAGAAAUAGAGCUGAAGUUGAGUAAGAUAAUUUACGGUGAUGGAAGCCCAUUAAACCCUGGUCCAAAUUCGCUUGCAGAUAUACAUUCGAUAGUAAAUCAAAACGGACAAAAAAUACCAUCGGUAUACACACCCAGAAAUCCGUUGAGUAAAGCUUCAGCGCUUACCAUUUUAUUUCACAAAUUUUGCCAAAAUAAUGGAUACGUCGCUCCUCAGCCACCUUUACCACAGUACCUUGUCAUAUUCGAUAUCAACAAAUCUAAUUCUGUGUUACAAAUCAUCGAAGAUCUGGAAAAAACAGUCGUGUACUACGGGUUUUUCCGUAGCGUUGAUCCCGAAAAUCCCAAACUAUUGUGUAAAAACCCUGAAUUGUUGGAUACAUAUGGUAUGGACAAGGUUGGCAAAGAUGCCAAAUUAGUGUUGUCUGUGCUCAAGGACGAUAAGGAAAAGAGCCUGUUGCGGUUCGUUGACUUAGGGCCGAUAUAUGUAAGCCCGGAUCAGGAAGUGGGCAUUGACGAUGCUAUUAAGUUUUUCCCGUAUAACUUCGACGAGAUGGACGGAGAAAUAAAGUUGUGGCUAGCCCAACAGGAAAUGAAGAAUGAGGAUAUGGCCGAAGAAUAUGAAUUUGGCGAAAAUGAAGAGGGAAUUAUAGAAGAAUAUUCCUCGCAGGAUCAGUAA